AUGGUCCUUUUCAAACGAAAGCCGGUCCAAUACCUUCCACGGCCCGUCAUUGAAGAUGACAAUUCCGAGGUCUGGGUUAUCCCAGAGACCAGCGAGGUCUUCAUGAGCUAUGAACCGUAUCUCCAGCGUAUGGAUUUUUAUAAACAACGUCGUUUUAUAUGUGAAAUCACUGGCCAUUCGGGGCUGAACUUUUUUGAGGCUUUUCGGAGUGAGAUGGAAGAGUCGCGCGAGGUCAACAACAGUUUCCCAGAGGCUUUGAAGGAGCCAAUUUUGCGACGAAUUCAAUUCGCGACGACCUCACGAGUUGAUAACCUGGUGGAUGAAGUAUAUGAUGAAUUCAAACAAGACUUCUAUCCCGGAGAGGUUGUCGUCAUCCUCCUGCAGGACACCACUAGACUUCAUGGCACGAUCAGGGACAAGGCCAACUUUGCUGAACAGCUUUUUGCUGACGGUACAAUCAAAACUCCCGCCUACGCUCGGUACUUAGUGAAGGUUUUGGACCGUCCUAACGAGGAAGCGCUGUUGGACCAAGAUCAUAUCACGCGUGACCGUAAGUCGUUCACAAAGUUGAUGCUGCGUGGCUUUAUCAAAAACAAUGUGACUCGUGAGUCUUGGACCGGUGCGCCCUGGUUGGUGAAACCAUCGAUCGCAGAGGAGUACAAAAUCUCCACAGAGGUCCCUAAACAUUUGCAGUACGGCGCAAAGGUCGCAGAAAAGAAGGCGAUGAAGAAAGCUGACCAAGACGGCUUCUUUGGAUUCUUCUCUUCUCAACAACUACCUGAAUUAAAGCCGGCUGUCAAAGGACAGAAAUCUAAGUUGUCAGCAAACGAUAUGGCCAAGUCGCGAGAAGCUCAAUAUCAAGAAUAUCAGCGAUCGCUGAACGGCAAUCCCUCGUUUCUCUCACCAAGCAACCCGCUCCGCCCUACCAAACCGCCGCUGGUCGGUGACAAGAAAAUGGCUUCUCCUGCGGUUGUUAUCAAAAAUGAAUCGAGACCUCCAUCACCACCUCCGAUCAAAUACCCAAUCGAGGAUCUAGAACUUGCCCCACGUCAUGAGAAAAGUCCUCGUCCUGCUUUGAAGCAUUUGAUUCUAGGUGAGCUGGAGGAGGAUGGAGCAGAGGAUCUCCUGCCCAAUGAGUUGGAGCCUGAGUCCGUCGGAUUGCUUCUCGAAACAUGGGACACCCUCAAUGUCUACUGUGAGGUGUUCCAGCUGGACUCAUUCACAUUUGAUGAUUAUCUUCAAGCUAUGCGCUUCGCAUCAGAGGAAAUUGAUUGUGAGUUGUUGGUCGAGUUGCACUGUGCCAUUCUGAAGAAGCUUGUCAACUCAGAAGAUCAAGGCGGUGCAAUUCAGAUCUCUCUCCCAGAUUUCCCCACGGAAGAUUCAGAUGACUCCGAAGAUGACUCCGAAGAAGACGAGGAAGAGGACGAUGAGGAGAAAGUGGAGAAAGCUCCUCGCAUGACUACCAGGGGAAGUCUUGCCAAGAAAGAAGCAGAGAGCUUGAAGGCACAAAUUGUUGAAGAAGAGCCCGAAGAGGAGCGCAUUCAUCGUGCCGCUGAAAUGUUUGAGAAGUAUGGAUGGAUUGAUCGCCUGCGGAAACGCGAUUUUCGCAAUGGUGGAUGGGAGGUCGUCAUGAUUGGCUUGCUGCAUCAAUUGUCUCUUCGUCCUCGCUCUGAAAAGACAUGCAACGAAAUCCUACAACACCUCGCCCCGCUCGAUGAAGAACCGACCCAGAGAACUGCCCAGGAACAAUACCGAACCCUGGAUGUCAAUUUGCGUGUCAAGGCUCUUCAGAUGAUUACUAUGCUUUGUCUGGAAACCAAGGCGAUUCGAAACUAUCUUGAAGAGUGCAGCAACCAGAUGACAGAGCUCCGCAAGGAGAAAAUUGAACAUCAGAAGGGUCGAAAAUUAUUGCUGAGUGAGCUUCGUCAGCUGCAUCAGGAACGGAAGGCUCUUCAACCAGAACCUGAAAAGUCACCCUCUCCUAUUCCUGAGUUGGAAGGAGAGAACAUGGAUGAUUCAAAGAUGACUGGAUUGGAAGGUGAUUCUGAGAUGCCUAUUGAUUCAGAGGAUGAGGACACACCCAGACCACGUGCCCUGCGUGGUGGAGUUGAUCGUGCCCUUGAACGCAAGCGCAAGCAGGAGGUAGAGCGAGAACGCAAGGAGCUGUUGGCUAAACAACCCAAGGGUACAAAGCAGUAUCAGCGCGUCCUCAAGAAGAUCGAUGAGCUGAAAGUCAAGGUCGCCAAGGCCGAGGAGGAAAUCGAAAAGGUGGACAAUGACUUGCGUGAGGCUGACUGCCCCCGGACUCGAUGCCUGGGAUUAGAUCGUUUCUGCAACCGAUACUGGUGGUUUGAGCGCAAUGCCAUGCCUUUUGAAGGAAUGCCAAAUAGCUCGAGUGCGGAUGCCCGAUACGCCAAUGGCCGCCUUUGGGUGCAAGGCCCUGACGAGCUGGAGAGCUCUGGGUUCAUUAACUUGACGGAUGAACAACACAAGCAAUACCACAAGCAUUUCCAGACCACCCCCGCUGAGCGCAAGAAGGUUGAGGAGGGAUCUACCCAUUUAUCGAGCGCCCGCGAAUGGGGCUACUACGACGACCCGGACACGAUCGAGCAGUUGAUCGAGUGGUUGGAUGCACGAGGAAACCGUGAAUGCAAGCUGUUCAAGGAGCUUCAGUUGCAGAAGGGUUACAUUAUGAAAUAUAUGAAGCAUCGCCAGGCUUAUCUAUCCGAGAAGACCGAGCGGGCCGAAUCUGAGGAGAUGCCCACCAAGCGGGUCACCACGCGUACCAAGACCUACGUGGAUGUCAAUGACCAUCGUCUUCGUUGUCUCCGGUGGAGCAAUUCGGUUGCACUUGCUGAGACCGGACACCUUCACGUUGACCCUGGUCGGCCAGCCAAGCGCAAGCGAAACACCGACGAUAUGCGUGAGAUCAAGGCCACUCGCGGUAAACCCUUGACUCGACGAGGUUCGCGCCGAGGAUAA